GAAAAGGAAUUACAAUUGUGAGUCUGCUCCCGAGGCAUAAAAGUACAGGGAAGGGAAGAUCUGACUGCUUGUGGUUAAUUGCUGGGCUAUGAAUUGUUUUAUCUUCCGCUGGGGGCGAUAUAGGGAGAAAGUUUAAUUGAAAACAUGCCGCGGGGUUUCGAUUCCUGGUUUUUCGAUGCUGAAAAGAAAUUCUAAAGGAUCACGUUGCCAUUCCUUCAUUUACAUGCCUUGAUAUGUUUAUUUGUUAGUUCGCUCAGCUGCUUGCUGUUGUCAUUUUCUUUUUGUUAAACUUUGUUCUUUCGUUCGUUACAAUGACUGCACUUGCUGGUCAAAUUGCGGAGAUAUGGAUUCUCUAUGUUAUUGGUACCGCCAUGAUCGCGGCGCGAAUAUUCUGUCGCACCAAAAUGGUUGGCUAUAGGAACUACGACUGGGACGACUAUUUGGUCAUUGCGGUCGCUUGUAUGUGGACUGCUGCACCCGUAAUUGGCCAAGUCUUCGUUCAAGGCGCCGAAGGCCGCCAUACCUCCGAUUUGACCUUCGAGGAGAGAAAGAAAAUGAGUGAGGAGGAUCGUGAGAAGUGGGCGUAUGGCUCGCAGAUGUUUCUUCUCGGGUUGACUGGAUACGUGGUCAUUCUCUGGACGCUCAAGUUCAACAUGCUGUGCUUUUACAGCCGUGUCGUUAGGGGUCUUUGGACGGAGCGGUUUGUGAAGCCGUUGAUGGUCGUGGUGGUUUUGUCAGUGGUGGUCAUCAUUAUUACACUGGCUGCGACGUGUCGACCGUUUCAUCACCUUUGGCAAGUUUGGCCAGAUCCAGGGCGUCAAUGCGUUCCUCAGAACCUUACCUUCUUUGUCGUGAUCUUGGUCUUCAAUUUGGUCACGGACAUUUGCAUCAUGCUUAUACCAAUUCCAGUAUUGGUCGGCAUUCAAACUAAUCGUCUCAAGAAGUUCGGUCUCUUCCUUCUUUUCAGCCUGGGCUUCUUCUGCAUGUUCGCCGCCAUUCUCCGCUUCGUCCUCAUCUUCAACGCAAGUCCCCCAAACGUCAAUCUCUUACAUCACCAAGUACUAACACCGAGUCAGUUGAAUCAAAAAGGUGUCUCAGCUCUAUGGUCAAUGCGCGAAGAUUGCGUCGGCAUCUUCGUCGGCCAGGCCCCCAUGGUUACACCUCUCCUCAAGCGUCGCUUCUGGGUCAUGGCCGGCUACGCCACCGACAAAACCGGCAACUCCCAAACACCGCACUACAACGGCAGUCGGCUGGAGAGCCAUGAGCUUCGGUCUGGACGCGCGAAUAACAGCAAAGUGCAUGACCCUUACUCAAUAACCAACGUGGUUUCUAGGUCCGAGAGCCAAGAGGAGAUCGUGCAGAAGGACUUGCCUUCUUUGCCGGAACAGUCACGUCAGUUUCUGAGUGGUAUUAGAGUGGAGCAGCGUAUCGAUGUUGAGGCAGUUCAGGGGACGUAUACGCAGCCGAGAGAUCCUCGGUGGUAG